AUGUCCAGGGCUCUUGGGCUUGUUAGAGCUUCAUCAAUUAAGUCAAAAAAUAUUAUUCCGAACAAUCGUACCUCGUUGGCCCGCGCUGAUAUUCCUAACACCGACACCGUCGACAAUGCCGCUCCCGCGCGCGCUCCCUCUUUGUUCGGCGAGCAGGCCGCACAGCCUCCUCGUCUGAGCACCACUAACAUAGCCUGGACCAUGAUGUCACUCUGUCUGUCCGUCCUCCUUUCUGCCCUUGAUUUAACGAUCGUUACUCCUGCAAUUCCCGCCAUAGUCGGCACGUUCAAAUCCGCUGGCGGUUACAUUUGGGUAGGGAGCGCGUAUACUUUAGCCUACGCAGCGAUCACUCCAGUAUGGGGCUCUGUCUCCGAUAUAUGGGGCCGAAAACCGAUCAUGUUGAUCGCGGUAGCCGUUUUUUUGGUCGGAAGUCUCGUCUGCGCCCUUGCACCGCAAAUGGAUAUUUUGAUCCUGGGUCGUGCAAUUCAGGGACUGGGGGGCUCAGUACCGGUCGGAGCCGUCUCUUUUCUCGUCUUACUAUUCUUCAUGAGAGUCCCAAGCCCUCGAACCCCAAUUGGCGCCGGCCUGAAAGUCAUCGACUGGACAGGAAGCCUUUUAAUUGUAGGGGGCUCUCUGAUGGUCCUCCUGGCCCUCGACUUUGGCGAUGUCGUCUACUCUUGGUCCUCCGCAACGGUGAUCUGUCUGUUAGUCUUCGGGAUAACAGUGAUGGCGCUGUUUGUGGUCAAUGAGUGGAAGAUUGCCAAGAAUCCCAUCAUCCCUGUUUGGCUGUUUACCUCGCCGACCAAGGUAGCACCAUAUGUUGUCUUCGCGUGUAAUUCAUAUGUCUUCAUCGGACAGGCAUAUUACCUACCCCUAUAUGCGCAGUCCGUCCUGGCCGCAACAGCGUUGACAUCGGGACUAUACCUCCUCCCACUAAUCGUCUCAUGUGCCUUGGCCGCAGCCGCAGCGGGUAUUUUCAUGCAGCAAACUGGGAAGUAUCUACCCGUGAUGUAUAUUGCGCAGGGAUUUUUGGUUCUUGGUUCUGGCCUGCUCAUAAGCCUCGAAUUUGAAUCCAACAUAGCCAAGCUGGUCAUCUUCCAGAUACUGGUUGGCAUCGGCGUGGGCAUGAAUAUCGAAGCCCCUAUACUGGCAGCUCAAGCUGCUACAAGUAUUCGUGAUACAGCUGCCGUGACAGCGACGAUGGGGUUUGUUCGGUCACUUUCGACCGCUAUUUCGGUUGUUGUUGGUGGCGUGAUCUUUCAGAAUGAGAUGAAUACCAGGAACGAGAAGUUAGCAAGCCAGCUUGGCUCGAACUCAUCUUUAGCCAAUAUAUUCAAUGGCGACCUUGCUGCUUCUAGUGUGGAGGAGAUCAACACCAUUGGAUUGAAUGCAGGCCAACAAGUCUUGGUGAGGAAGACGUACUUUGAGGCGUUGAGGAUAGUGUGGAUCAUGUAUGUUGCCUUUGCUGGACUUGCCACCAUUCUCAAUCUAUUUGUGCGGGCCCGUAAGCUCCGGAGUGAAAAUGAGGGCGCCGUGCUGGGUGUUGACCGGUCGCGGCAAGAAGGCAGCCCCGCUAAUGGGGUCGCGGAAAUCGAGUUGCAGAACGAUCAAGACUAA